AUGGCCUCUGUUCCGAAGCUUCUUCUCCUGAGCCUCCUCUUUUUUCUCAGCUAUCGCUCUCACAUUGCUCACGCAGGUGAUGAUGGCAGCCACAGGGUUGUGCUGUCCAUUGGCGGCUCUCUGAGGACUAAGUCCGUCUGUUCCGAGUCCAAAGCAAUCGGACGCCACCGUGCCGACGACCCUGGGCACCUCCUGGACACGCUGGAGUACUUAAUCACCGUACGCCUCGGCUCGCCGGGCAAGUCCCAGACCAUGCUCAUCGACACCGGCAGCGACGUGUCAUGGGUGCAGUGCAAACCCUGCUCGCAGUGCCACUCCCAGGUGGACCCACUCUUCGACCCCAGCUCGUCCAGCACGUACUCCCCGUUCUCUUGCAGCUCCGCCGCCUGCGCGCAGCUCGGCCAGGAAGGCAACGGCUGCUCCAGCUCUCAGUGCCAGUACACUGUCACGUACGGCGACGGCUCGAGCACGACGGGUACCUACAGCUCUGACACGCUCGCGCUGGGCUCCAACACCGUCAGGAAGUUCCAGUUCGGGUGUAGCAACGUGGAGUCGGGCUUCAGCGACCAGACCGACGGGCUCAUGGGGCUCGGCGGCGGCGCGCAAUCGCUGGCGUCACAGACGGCGGGGACGUUCGGCACGGCCUUCUCGUACUGCCUCCCGCCGACGCCGAGCUCCUCCGGGUUCCUCACGCUCGGCGCCGGAACUUCGGGCUUCGUCAAGACGCCGAUGCUCAGGAGCGGCCAGGUCCCCACGUUCUACGGCGUGCGCAUUCAGGCCAUCAGGGUGGGCGGGAGGCAGCUCAGAAUACCCACCUCGGUCUUCUCCGCCGGGACGAUCAUGGACUCCGGUACCGUCCUCACGCGGCUGCCUCGGACGGCCUACUCGGCGCUGUCGUCGGAGUUCAAGGCCGGGAUGAAGCAGUACCCGCCGGCACCGCCAAGCGGCAUCCUCGACACUUGCUUUGACUUCAGCGGCCAGUCCAGCGUCAGCAUACCGACCGUCGCGCUAGUGUUCUCCGGGGGAGCCGUUGUCAACCUCGACGCCAACGGGAUCAUGCUGCAGACCAGCAGCAGCAUCCUCUGCCUCGCCUUCGCGGCCAACAGUGACGACAGCUCUCUCGGCAUCAUCGGCAACGUGCAGCAGCGGACGUUCGAGGUGCUGUACGACGUUGGCGGGGGCGCCGUGGGGUUCAAGGCUGGGGCGUGCUGA